AUGGCCAUCCUGAGUCCCAGUCUCCAGCGCCGCCGCUCGCAGCCUCUCUCAUCGCUUGCUGACACCGACGUCAAGCAGCAGCCCCAGGAGACAACGAAAACCAGAGCUGAUGGAUCUCCUCGGCAGUCCUUCGUUUCCUCUGGCUUGCUGAUCCGCAAGGUGUCCAGUAUAUUCAGCGGGCGAAGCAAACGGUCGAAGGAGAAAAAAGGGAAGCCGGACUCAAAAUUGAAGCACGCACCAAUUGGUCACAUCGCUGUAGGGCGCCCGGGACUUGGGGGCUACGAGUCGACAACGCCGUCCCCUUCGACUGAGUCCUUUGAAUCAGAUAUCAGGCAGCCGAGUGGACUAGGCCGUCUGCGAACCGGCUCGCUGUCGUCAAACGGGGAUACAGAGACAGCCCCAUACGAACGCGUCCGGGCGCUGAGCACACCAACGUUAUUGCGCCCAACAGGUCUCGGUGGUGGAACGGGGACUUUAGGGCGGCGCAUUGCAGGUGUUGGUCGGAGUGUCCCCCGUGUCCCCCAAUCAAUCCUCAACCUCAUCGUGUCGUUUCUACCUCGACAGCAUGUCCCCCGCGUUUCGCUCGUCUCAGGAGCAUUCUGUGAGGCUGCAAGGGCAACAAUGUUAGCCCACCUUGACGGACGGUUCAUCCGCCCGGUUCGCUUCGUAAAGCUGAUGAGCCUGCUGGCUUUGCGCCAUGAUUUGGCGUUGUUGGUCGAGGCCCUCACCAUCCAUGUAUGGCCACCGUCUUUCUACCUUGACGGAGAGACACAAAUCUCAAUGCUAGCCCCCUCAACGCCGUCAUUCGCACAGUCGCUACUCAACAUGCAUCGGCUGAAAACGCUCACACUCCCCUCGUUCGAAUAUACCCUCAUGCGGUAUUUCUCACCGUUGAUGUUGACGAAGGCGACGUUUCUCAAUCAUACAAUGUCUGUGGGAGACCAGCUGCAGCUGCGAACAUGGCUCGAAUGCCAGGAGGAAAUUCGGCACCUUUCCUUUCCUGUACUCAUAGAACGGUCCAGCGAGAAUCCGUGUUCGCCACUAGCUCAGUCAAUGAGCUUACGACCAACACCCGAAAACACUCCUUUACUGACACCAGUCUCUCCGACGCUUUCGUUCCUUUCUUCAAUGCCAUCCACUCCAACCACGCCUCAAUUUUCAGCGCGUCCUCGGACAUCGCCCCAGUCUUCCCCACUAUCUUCCCCACUUCCAUCCCCACGAAUCCCUUUCCCUUCAGGAAAAACUCUAAGUCCGAUUCUCCCCCAUCUGGAGACGCUAAACGCCACACCGAACCUAACUACUUCUCUUCUUAUCCAAUCGUCUACAAAUACCUCCUCGGCUAAACUAUCCUUCCCUCCUCUGGAACGCAUCAAUUUACGCAUCCAUAAGUCCCUGUACUCUGGCCUCCGACCAUCGACUGUCAUGCAGGCCAUCUCGUUCAGGCGCACCCGUAUAUUCAACUUACGCUUCAGCGAAGAUAUUGACGCACGCACGAUGGAGAAGGUAUUGGCAUCUGCGGGUGCGAUAUUGGGACGCGCCUCCGAUGGUUUGGUGACGCUGAGUGUGACUGUCGAAGGAUCGACGCCGAACGACGAGGUCUGUUGCGUCUGA